AUGACCCAAAAAAGGUUCAACAAUCUUGCGGUCACCAGUUCUUCUAUCACACUACCACCGGUCUAUAUUCAAAAUCUUGAAAGAUGCGUCGAAAAACUACAAAAUAGCUCGCUUUUACUUCAGGCUUCGAUAAAGAGGCUCGAAACUAGUACACAUGAUUUUUCUCGAUUAAAUAAAGUGCUGGGCUACAAGAGGCGUACUAGUAGUAUCAAGAUGAUCUUAUUAUCUAUACGAACUAUACAGAAAUAUGAACUUGUCACUGAAAGCGAUGUCAAUGAUGCGCAAAAAAAUCUGGCAAAAGAACUUACUCCUAAAAUCCAGUCGUUGACCGAACAGGCCGAAAGAGAACUAACGAUACUGGAACAAAGGGAACACGAACUUCAAGAAGAGAUAGACAAACAAGAGAUUGAACUAGAUUCAUUACAACUUGCCAAUACUCUAAACAAGACAAAUCAAAUCAAGAAGGACACAGAUCAGAGUAAUAGCAAUAAUAAUAGCGCAAAACUUUCUUUGUCACGACAAAAAAAGCAACAGCAAAAUUUAAAAUUGUUAAAGGCUCAACGAAUCGAUUUGUCCAAAAAAUUGGAAUAUUUGACAGAACAAAUACAGAAAACGGAAUCAGAGCUUCGAGAUUACAAAAGGCGGAAUUGUGGCGAGCAAAAAUUACCGUCGCCAUUAAUAACUCAACAAGUCUUUGACACAAGGUCCUCAACCAACAACAUUAUUCUCUCUGAGGUAGAAGCCCUACAUAAUCAAAUCGAAGAAAUCGACACCCAAAUUAACGAGAGACAGCAAUUAUUAUCGCAACAUAAAGAAACUCGGAAUUCAUUGGAUUCUCUCAAAAAAAAUGAACAGCAACAAGAUGAUGAUAUCUGGGCAUCUUACGAAAAGCAACUAAAUUUUUUCAAGGACGCACAAAAGAGAAGCAAGAUUAUAUUCACAGGCCACCAUGAUGAUAUAUGUGAAUUUGAAGCGAUUUAUAGUUCAUAUCUUGAAAAUAUAGAUGUUGAUUUAUCCGAGAUGACAAAAAGCAUACCAAAGCUAGAAGAAAAACGUGACUUGGGUAUUGAAUACAUGAAGGGUAUCGCCGAUUUCUUGUACCCCAAUAAUCUUGGGUCAACUAUAGGUCGUGUACUAGAGACUUUACUUGGUGAACGAUACAAAGAAAUAUAUCUACCUAAACUUGGUCAGGAAUUUCCAAAGGCACAAGAACGCCGACAUAGGCUUCACACUGCUAUAUCAUUCCUUAAUAAUCUCUCAAUUACAGAAACAGAGUUUGAGGAGGACGCAAAAGGCGAGGGACAACUAUUGUUGAAAAUAAAGUUGGAAGAAGAUAGUUAA